AUGACGCCAGACACGCGGAAACUGUUUACCUUGGUAGCGGCUGAUCGCGUUUUAGCCGAUAAUCGAGAACAGAAUCAACCAGUGUUGUGUUAGUUUUUGCUUCAAAUCGAAUAUUUUUAUUUUUUUUUAGUUUCUCAAAAUGGGGAAAGCAGAUUUUCUUUCUCCCAAAGCGAUAAGCAACCGGAUAAAAUCCAAAGGUCUGCAGAAGUUGAGGUGGUAUUGUCAGAUGUGUCAGAAACAGUGUCGAGAUGAGAAUGGCUUCAAGUGUCACUGCAUGUCCGAGUCCCACCAGAGGCAGCUGCUGCUGGCCUCCGAGAAUCCUACCAAGUUCAUGGACUACUUCUCUGAUGAGUUCAAAAGCGACUUUCUGGAGCUGCUCAGUCGACGAUUUGGGACCAAGCGAGUGCACAACAACAUCGUGUACAACGAGUACAUCAGCCACCGCGAGCACGUCCAUAUGAACUCCACACAGUGGGAGACGCUCACCGACUUCACCAAAUGGCUCGGCAGAGAGGGUUUGUGCAAAGUUGACGAGACCCCUAAAGGCUGGUACAUCCAGUACAUCGACCGCGACCCGGAGACCAUCCGGCGCCAGGAGGAGCAGGCCAGGAAGAAGAAGCAGGAUCUGGACGAUGAGGAGCGGACCGCCAAGUUCAUCGAGGAGCAGGUCCGACGGGGCCGCGAUGGAAAGGAGACUGAAGAAACUCCGGUUUUCACAGAGCUCAAACGUGAGAGUGAAGAAGAGAAAGUUGCUUUCAACCUGGGAGCCUCUUCCUCUGUCGCUGGUCCGUCCAGAUCAAGUUCAGCUCUCGGUGCCAGCGCUCUGAAAGCAGCUUCAACCUCAGUGAAAAGAAAAGACACAUCCUCCGACACCAGAGGGGAGAAGAAGAAGAAAUCUGCUCUGGAGGAGAUCAUCGAGAUGGAGGAGAAGAAGAAGAAGUCGGUUAGAACUGAUUACUGGCUGCAGCCCAACAUCAUAGUCAAAGUCGUCACCAAGAAACUGGGAGAGAAAUACCACAAGAAGAAGGCCGUCGUCAUGGAGGUGCGAGACAAAUACGGCGCUGUGGUGAGAAUGAUCGACUCCGGAGACAAACUGAAACUGGACCAGAAUCACUUGGAGACGGUGAUACCUGCACCAGGUAAACGUGUUUUGAUCCUGAACGAUCAGUACAGAGACACGGAGGCUCUGCUGGAGGGGAUCGAUGAGAAGAACUUCAGCGCUACACUCACACUCGACUCAGGUCAGCAGAAGGGGAAGAGAGUGGACGUCGCCUACGAGGAUUUCUCCAAACUGGCCUGAACAAACAGACUUCCAGGUUAAAACCUCAGGUAGCUUUUUUUUGCUGAGAGACUCUACUGUGUCAGAGUUAAUUCCCCAAGACUCACCUGUACAUACUCAUAUCCCACAAUGCACCUGUUUAAGGAGACUUGGAGCAAUAUGUUUGGUUUGUUUCCUUUUAUUUUGUAUUAAUAUUCAAGUCGAUCUCAACAUUGCAGAUGUAAAUUUUGUCCAAAUAAAUCUGAUAAAAGGAACUAAUGUAGAAAAUUGUUUCUAUAAGAAAAUGAUUAAGAAAUGUAGUUACACUUGUGACAAAAAAGUUACACGUUCUUUUCCUCUUUUCUCAUCUGGCACCUUUUGAACGGUUGUAGUUUUCUAUGUAACAUUGCUGAUAGUAAUGAUAGCAGCUGCUCAGGGCAUCUGGAGGAAGCUGUUUAGAUCUGGGACGAUGUAGUCGGUGUAGUGGCCAUCGAUUAAGCCCUUCCCACUGUUAUGAAUGAACCAGCAGUAGACGCUGGAGCCACGUCUUGUAUCGCUUCUGUAGUCCUUCUGCCAGCCCCUGAUACACAAACAUGAAGUUUAUUAGUCUACAAUGUGGCUGUACAGCCAUGAUUGAAAGUUUACAUCCACUUGUAAAGACCAUGUACACUACCAUUCAAAAGUUUGAGGUCAUCCAGACAAUUCCAUGUUUUCCAUGAAAACUCCCACUUUUCUCCAUGUGCUAACAUAACUGCACAAGGGUUUUCUAAUCAUCAAUGAGCCUUUCAACACCAUUAACUAACACAAUGUAGCAUUAGAACAUAGGAGUGAUGGUUGCUGGAAAUGUUCCUCUGUAAAAAUCAGCUGUUUCUAGCUACAAUAGUCAUUUACCACAUUAACAAUGUCUAUACUAUUUCUGAUUCAUUUAAUGUUGUCUGCUUUUCUUCAACAAUAAGGACAUUUCUAAGUGACCCCAAACUUUUGAACGGUAGUGUAUAUCAUGGUAGCCUUAAAUUUCCCUUUUCCCAUGCAUCUUUGUCACAAAGAACAAACAUGCAUUUUUGCUUUUUCAAUAAUUUAUUACAGAUCUUAUGAAACUAUCAAAAAAUCUGUUGGGUCAAAAAUAUACAUACAGCAAUGCUAAUAUUUUCAACAUUUUCACCUCAACUAGGUGCUUCUGGUUGUAUCUUUGACCAUACCUCUUGACAGAACUGGUUCAGUUCAGCUAAAUCUCUUGUCUUUCUGACUCAGACUUGUUUCUUCAUCAGUCCACAGGUUCUUGAUGGGCUUAAGUCAGGACUUUGGGGAAACCUGUCUAUAACUUCUAGCCUUAUUAAACCAUUUCUUUACCAUUUUUAA